UUACUGACUCAAUUACGAAGUUGAAUCUCAGGCCAUCGCAAGAUCGCCACCGUUAAUACAAGAUGCUCAAAUGGACCCGCGCGCACAGGAUCGCUGCUAAAUUCAUUCGUUACGCGAGCGAGCAGCCUCUCCGACUAAUUAGCAAAACCCUACCUUCGCUAGAAGUCGGCAGCUGCUGGACUUGUUAUCCUGUUACGAUUGAAGCUCUCUGGUCAGCGAGCGAUCGGAAAUCAGAGAGAGAUUCGAGGAGGUGCUUGGCGAUGGCCAACAAGAAGGAGCUGAGGGUGUACAAUUCAAUGACGCAACAGAAGGAGGUGUUCAGGCCGGCGGGGGAAGGCAAGGUGGGCAUGUACGUGUGCGGCGUCACCGCCUACGAUUUCAGCCACCUCGGCCACGGCCGCGCCGCUGUCGCAUUUGACGUCCUCUACAGAUACCUCCUCCACUUGGGCUAUGAAGUUAUCUAUGUUCGCAAUUUUACAGAUGUUGAUGACAAGAUUAUUCGUCGGGCAAAUGAGACCGGGGAGAACCCCUUGGAUUUAAGUAACCGCUUUUGCCAAGAGUAUUUAACUGACAUGGCCGAUCUGCAGUGCCUCCCCCCAACCCACCAGCCACGCGUUUCUGAUCACAUGGAACAGAUUAAGGACAUGAUAACCCAGAUCAUUGACAAUGAUUGUGGUUAUGUGGUGGAUGGAGAUGUGUUCUUUGCUGUGGAUAAGAUCUCAAAUUAUGGCUGCUUAUCGGGGCAGAAGCUAGAAAAUCAAAGAGCAGGUGAACGUGUUGCAGUGGACUCUAGAAAGCGCAAUCCUGCUGAUUUCGCAUUAUGGAAGGCUGCAAAGCCUGGGGAGCCAAGUUGGGAGAGCUCGUGGGGUCUUGGCAGACCAGGGUGGCAUAUAGAGUGCAGUGCAAUGAGUGCUCAUUAUCUGUCUUUCAAAUUUGAUAUCCAUGGUGGUGGAAUUGACUUGAUCUUUCCCCAUCACGAGAAUGAAAUAGCCCAGAGUCGUGCUGCAUGCCAAGAGAGCUGUGUGAGUCAUUGGAUGCAUAAUGGGCAUGUGACCAACAACAAUGAGAAAAUGUCAAAAUCACUGGGUAACUUUUUCACGAUCCGUCAGAUUACAGAGCGAUACCAUCCACUGGCUUUGAGACACUUCUUGAUAAGUGCACACUAUAGAUCUCCUCUCAACUAUUCAGUCUUACAGUUGGAGAGUGCAUCAGAGGCUGUCUAUUAUAUAUAUCAGACAUUACAAGACUGUGAAGAUACUCUAUCGUCAUUCAGAGAGGCAACUCCCAGCGAGGGUACAGAACCAAAAGGCAAAACAGUCCGGGUUCUUCCUGAUGCUGAUAAAUGCAUCAAAGGCUUGCGGAAGGAUUUUCAUGACAAAAUGGUCGAUGACUUGAACACUUCACAUGUGCUGACAGGUGCAUUUCAGGAUGCCUUGAAGUUCAUAAACAAUCACACGAAUGCUCUUAAGAAGAAGCAACAGAAGCAACGACAAUCAGCAAUAAUUCAAUCCCUUAGUGAGAUAGAGAAAGAAGUAAAGGAUGUUUUAGAUAUUCUGGGUUUGCUGCCCCCUCUCACUUCUUCUGAGAUUCUGCAGCAGUUGAAAGGCAAGGCAUUGAUCAGGGCUGAUUUGACAGAAGAGCAAUUAUCGUGUCUGAUCGAGGAAAGAAGUUCGGCCAGACGAGAGAAGGAUUUUGCAAAAACUGAUCGAAUCAGGGCCGACUUAACUGCAAAGGGGAUUGCGCUCAUGGAUGUCGGAACGGAAACUAUUUGGAGACCGUGCGUUCCUGUUGAGCAGGAGGAGAAAUUGCCCAGCUGAUGAAAAAAAGCAGCAAAUACCUUUUUUUUAUGAAAAUUUUGCCCAGACAUUGACUAGUGCUCCAAAAUUCUUUUUAUCUUCCAUAAUGGAAGACCCAAAAAUCAAGCUGACAGAUGUAACAUAUGGGGUAUACUACUCCGUUUCAGCCCCAUUAGAGGCAUAACCUGUCAAUGAAUAGGAUUUUUUUGUUUUUUUUUUGUUUUGACAUACGUGGCCUGCAUUAAUGCCAACCUAAGCUUCAGGUUCAUCGUAUGGAACCUCGUCGAUGAUGACUUGUUAUUGAUUGUCCUUCA